CUGAAACUCGUCUAUAUAUAUAUCCAUACUUCGCAAAAGCGGUUGUACUUGGAAAUCGACUUUUUCUCUCUCUAUAACAAUCUCUCUCUAGGUUUUUGCCAAAAUCUCGAUAGAAUUCCGAUAUGUCUGGCGCAGACGCCGCGUCUGGGAAGAUGAUCGUGCUGCAGAGCUCCGACAACGAGACCUUCGUGGUGGAGGAGGCGGUCGCCGUGGAAUCGCAGACGAUUAAGCACAUGAUCGAGGACGACUGCGCCGACACCAGCAUCCCGCUUCCCAACGUCACAUCGAAGAUCCUCGCGAAGGUUAUCGAGUACUGUAGGCGCCACGUGGAAGCCGCCGCUAAGGCCACCGGAGACGGCGCCUCGCUGGGCGGCGAUGAGGACCUCAAGUCAUUUGAUGCUGAGUUCGUGAAGGUUGAUCAGGGGACGCUCUUCGACCUCAUUCUGGCUGCAAACUACCUCAACAUCAAGAGCCUUCUCGACCUUACAUGCCAAACUGUGGCGGAUAUGAUCAAGGGCAAGACCCCAGAGGAAAUCCGCAAGACUUUCAACAUAAAGAAUGACUUCACCCCUGAGGAGGAAGAAGAGGUUCGUCGUGAGAAUGCUUGGGCCUUUGAGUGAUUGCCUGGGCUUGAUGAUGUCUAUCUAGUAGUAACAUUCUAUAUCAGUUAGUACAUAAGUAGCAUCUUAUCAUCUUGAAGACAUUAUUAGUCUCCUAAUCGGUCUUAUUUUGUUGUCAUGACCUGUUUAAUUAUUAUACAUGGCAAGGUUUAUUUGGAUUGUUA